UUAGUCGAUAACUUUGCCAGAAGAGGGAGAGAGAGAGAAGGCAAAUGUUCCCCCAGCUGUUUCCUGUCUCCAGUGUCUGUGUUUUGUAGAUAAAUGUGAGGAUUUUCUCUAAAUCCCUCUUCUGUUUGCUAAAUCUCACUGUCACUGCUAAAUUCAGAGCAGAUAGAGCCUGCGCAAUGGAAUAAAGUCCUCAAAAUUGAAAUGUGACAUUGCUCUCAACAUCUCCCAUCUCUCUGGAUUUCUUUUUGCCUCAUUAUUCCUGCUAACCAAUUCAUUUCCAGACUUUGUACUUCAGAAGCAAUGGGAAAAAUCAGCAGUCUUCCAACUCAAUUAUUUAAGUGCUGCUUUUGUGAUUUCUUGAAGGUGAAGAUCCACAUCAUGUCUUCUUCACACCUCUUCUACCUGGCCCUCUGCUUGCUCACCUUCACCAGCACCACCUCUGCUGGACCAGAGACGCUCUGUGGGGCUGAGCUGGUGGACGCCCUUCAGUUUGUGUGCGGAGACAGGGGCUUUUAUUUCAACAAGCCCACAGGCUACGGCUCCAGCAGUCGCCGGGCACCUCAGACAGGCAUCGUGGACGAGUGCUGCUUCCGGAGCUGUGACCUCAGGAGGCUGGAGAUGUACUGCGCCCCGCUCAAGCCUGCCAAGGCGGCCCGUUCGGUCCGUGCCCAGCGCCACACUGACGUGCCCAAGACUCAGAAGUCCCAGCCCCCAUCUACAAACAAGAGAAUGAAGCCUCAGAGGAAACGGAAAGGAAGUACAUUUGAAGAACGCAAGUAGAGGGAGUGCCGGAAACAAGAACUAUAGGAUGUAGGAAGAGCCUUCUGAGGGAGGAAAGGAGCGUGGCAUGUCACCGCAGGAUCCUUUGCUCUGCGAGUUAACUUGCUAAACAUUGGAACACCUACCAAAAAUAAUAAUACUAAUAAUAACAAGUUCAAUUACGUUUCAAAGAUGGGCAUUUUCCCCCAAUGAAAUACAGUAGUAAACAUUCCAACAUGGUCUUUAGGAGUAAUUGUUUAAAGCUUCGCACCUUGAAAAAACAAAAAAUGGUCCUGGAGUUGGUAGAUUGCUGUUGAUCCUUUAUCAAUAAUGUUCUAUAGAGAAAAAUAUAUAUAUAUGUAUCUUAGUCCCUGCCUCUUAAGAGCCACAAAUGCAUGGGUGUUGUAUAGAUCCAGUUGCACUAAACUCCUCUCUGGUCUGGGCUGCUGGAGCCAUUCAUUCAGCGACCUUGUCUAAGUGGUUUAUGAACUGUUUUCUUAUUUGCACUUCUUUAUACGUAACACAAGCUAUUUGUCUUACAGAAUCUAAUAACCCUGUCUAUCUCCAUCACUCUCUCCCACCUCAUAAUAUAUGCACCUGUGAAAUGUGCCCUCCUCAAGAGCAAUAGCAAGUUAAGGUAGACAAAUGGCCCACCAAUUUUUAACCCACAUAAUGCCAUCUGUGGCAUUUGUACCAAAUAUAAGUUGGAUGCAUUUAUUUUAGACACAAAGCUUUAUUUUUCCACAUCAUGCUGCAAAAAAAAAAUAGAAUGCAUAUUGUUGUGACUUUGAGGCCAAUCAUUUUUAGGUGUGUUAGAAAUAUACAAUGUCUCUUUAAACUCUCCAUCGUUCCUUCCAAUGAUGAGUUAGUGUGCAACCUGUGCAACCUGAUAAGUACCUUUUUUGUUUUAUCCAUAUACAGCACUAUGUAAAUUUAGCAUAUCAAUAAUACAGGAUAUAUCAAACAGUAUGUAAAACUCUUUUUUUUUUUUUUUUUUUUUUUUAGUACAAUGGUGCUAUUUUGUAGUUUGUUAUAUGAAAGGUCUGGUCAAAAAGCCGUAAAAGGUGAAAGCAAAACAAAAGGUAAAGCCUGGAGCCAAAGAUGGCCAAAGCUGGGGAAGGGGACUGAGAGCAUUGCUGAUUUGGGAAAGAAGGCUGAGUCCGCACAGGCAUGCCUGCCAAGAGAAACUCAAGACACAAAGUCCACCAAUGCAAACUUGACUGGCGAGUCCAGACAGGAAGCCCUGGAGUGGGUAAAGCAGGGUAAAGCAGAAGCGUAGGCAUUUUCACAGUCCCGCUUUUGUCUUCUCACUGAAGAUACAAACUGCUAGCUAUGCCAUGGACUCACCACUGUGUGACCUUGGGCAAGUCACUUCACCUCUCUGUGCCUCAGUUUCCUCAUCUGCAAAAUGGGGGGGCAAUAUGUCAUCUACCUACCUCAAAGGGGUGGUAUGAGGAUUAGGAAGAAAAAGUUCAGAUUUUUACCUUGGGUUGCCAGGGAGGUGUAACAUCAGAUCCAUUGACUUGUUGAGAACAUAAGGGAUUCUGGAAACAACUCAUUGACAGUAUAGUGGGAUAUCAUUAUAAUAGCUAAAUCCGUAUCAAUGAAACUGUCCACGUUUGAAGAACUCACAGAUUGAUCUCUUUUAAAACUUUACUCUUAUCAUUUACUUUUUGUUUUAUAUGCUGGCUAGAGUUGCUCUUUUGAGAGGCAAAAAAAAUUUCCUUUCAACCCUGAAGUUUCCUCCCUUGUCUACUUAGAAAAAUGUACCUUAAACACUCAACUGAACAUUGAUAUCCAGAAAAAUCUACAAAAAUGUUCCCAGUUUACUGAUUAAUUUUUUCUCUCUUUAAGCAACGAAUUAUCUAAUAUUCUUUUUCUUAAUCUACCUGGGACAUUUUGGGCAAAGGUAUGCAGUUUUGAUGAUGAUAUAUAAAAUAUCCCUAAUGUUUGUGGAACGUGUAUGUGAAAAACAAGAACACCUUUAGUAUUCCUUCUACUCAAUUGCCUCAAGAUUCAGAAAGAAAGACUUCUUGGCUCUGGGUCUCUCAGGAAAGGCAGAAAGAAGACCCUGUCCAGUGGAGCCCCAAGUUACUUAGAUGUACCCCUUGGACAUGCUCUGAAUACUAUGGAGAGGUGGAAAGGAAUUGUUGUUAAGUUUUGCCCUCUGCCUGUUUCCAGAGGUGUGCUGGAAUGAAAUGUCAACCCUCUCCCCAGUGUGGCACUUCUGAUUUUUAUUUCUUGGUCCUAGUGUGAACCUUUGAAAAUUGUUGACUCCCCACAACACCCAUAGGCAGUCUUCUACAGAUUUGUGGAUUACCUGACAGUUGAUAUGGCAAUUCAGAGUGUCUGUGGCUUUUAACUUUCAAAUGAAUGAACACUACAAAAUCAACCUAUGUAAACUCUGGAAACCAGCUAAUCACUACAUAAUCUAGCAGGAUGAUCCCAAAUAGAGGAAAGGACCUAAAAUGUCACAACUCAAAAAACUUCAUAAGCUUUGCUAUGGAGUUAUAUUUCCUUAGUAUCCAGAAUUGGGGCAACCAAAAAGCCAGGCGUGGUAGUGCCCGCCUUUAAUCCCAGCACUCAGGAGGCAGCGGUAGGAGGAUUGCUAUUAGUUCAAGGCCACCCUGAGACUACAGAGUGAAUUCCAGGUCAGCCUGGGCUAAAGUGAGACCCUACCUCGAAAAACCAAAAAUCAAAAAAAAAAAAAAAAAGGAAAGAAAGAAAGAAGGAAGGAAGGAAAGAAAUGGGGCAACCUUGAGACAUUUGCCAAAGAACAAUGGCAUUGGGAGGAAUGUGCUUUGGCUCAUGCAUAUAUUCUCAAUUUAAUUCCCAAAUUUGAUCCUACCUCCCCAAGUAAUAUAACUCAUCAUCUGAAUAUUUUAACAUGAGGCAGGUUAAUGCAUCUCUUCAUCAAAAUUUACUUUACUAGGGUUAAAAAAAACAAACUACUCUAAACCUACCCUACACCCCCGUGUGCUUCCAUGCAUGUGUGCACACACAUAUUAUGCACACACUUAGCCCUAAAAAGUCCAAAGGAAUAUGAAGAAGAAAACACUUCUUUAAAAAAUAAUCCAACUUAAAAUCAAUCCUUCCCCUCCUUGGAAUGCCAGUGUUUGUGCAGAUGAAACCACUUCAUGCUCUGUGGCUCCAGGCUUCCUGUGACUAGGUUACGCACUCGGGAGAACGCUAGGCAUGGAAGAUGUAGCAUCUUUUGCUUUCCCAUGUAUUGUUUGGCCAGCUAUGCCAAUGUGGUGCUAUUGUUUCUUUAAGAAAGUACUUGACUAAAAAAAAAAAAAAAAAAAAAAAGAAAGAAAAAAAGAAAGCAUAGACAUAUUUUUUUAAAGUAUGAAAACAACAAUUCUAUAGAUAGAUGGCUUAAUAAGAUAGCGUUAGAUCUAGCCACCAUCACCUUUCAACCUUUUAUUACUCACAGUACUGUUCACCAAAUUGUAAGUUUGGGGGCUUGGGGGGCAGAAGGCAGAUUUUGUUUUUUAAGUUACAAGGCUCCAUUAUUUUGUUGGUUCUCAAACUCAACAAGUUAGCAAUAGAUCACCUAAUGUGAAUCUUUGAUCAAGAGCUUGGAGUAAAAAUUGGGGGUGCAGGAAAGAUCAUAUAGGCAAAUGCAGAACUGAAAGGAGGAUUAUGUUGUUUAUUGGGUGGGUUUUUGUGUGUAUGUGUGCACUGCUCUAAAACAAAUAUUCAGCAAAUGGAGAAAAUAAAAACCCAGAGAAAAACAUGCAUAGCUUUGCUUACUACCAAAACCAAUUUCUACCACAGCUUCCUGUGGUAUUAUUCACUGUUGUUUUCUGAAUUGUAGAAGAUAGUUUCCCAUUGCCCACACAUCUCAAAGAGCAGUAGCUCUCAGAAAAGCAAUCACUGACCUCAUUAGGAAAUGUUGGGAAAAUUUCCUUAUGAGAUGAGGGUUAUCUACUGAUAAAGAAAGAAGAAUUUAUGAGAAAUUGUUACAGAAGAUGACUAACAAUCUGUGAAGACUUUUGGAUUUUAUGUUUGUUUUUUUCUUUUGGCUUUUGUUUUUAUUUUUCACUUUAUUUAGUCCUUAUGGAUGGCUUAAUAUUCAAAAAAUGACUUGGUCCUCUUUUUUUAAUUUUGGAAUAAAAGAUGAUAAGUUAAACUCACACAAACUCACUAUAGGUUAGAUAGAAAUGUAUGUUUCACUUAUUGAAUCAGACUAUUUAAAAAGGUUUUUUAUCUAUUUUCAUUUUUAAAAGAUUGUCCUAAUUUAUUAGAGGAGAACCUGUUUGGCUCUCCUCAUAAAAAAGAACAUUCCCAUUCAAAUCAUAUGGAUUUUGUGAUACAUGUUUUCAAAAGAUAAAUUGAUUCAUGCAAUGGAAUUAUUUACUUAAAACACAGUGAAAGAAUUGUGAGUCUUUAUGCCCUUCCCCAGCAAUGAUCAUAAAGUCCAGGAUCUGAGGCAUGUGGGAGUGGAAACUAAAGGAUAUUUUAACUGAUGUUUUGUUCUUGUUUUGUUUUCAAUGCUAGUGUUUAAUCCUAUUAUUCAUAUAUGCUUAUUGCUAUUUUAAUAUUCUACAAGACUGUCUUGUUAGGUAUUAGAAAUUGAUACAUAGAUAUCUUUUUGUGUGAUUUCUAUUUUAACAAAAGGAGACAAAGACUGAAGCUUUAAGUGCUUAUGUACAGGAUAAAGGUAUCAAUUCAAGUAACCAAGUCAUAGCUGGUCUAAUCCUUUGUUUUGUAUCUUAAGGAAAACAAACUCACAGAUAAGACAGAGAGUGGCCCAGGAGAUUUCUGAAACUGUCUUUAUUCCUCCCAAUUCUUUUGUUUGGUUCUUCUAGUAUCUCGUUCAGAGAGGGCUGACCAAGCCAAAAAGAAAACGCUAAAAGAAUCUCUUCAAAAACGUGCAUUCCACAUGUCCGCUGUUAACAUAUAAGUACACUAAUUUUGAACAUAGUUCUCCUCUCUCCCCAUUUUUCAACUGUCACUGGAGUGGAUUUUUAAAGGGAAAAAAAUUUUGUUGACAAAAAGAGAGUGAACACAAAACUGUAACUAUCACCGCCCCAUUGAAGCAGAAGCUAAGAUGAAAAUCAUUUCUCGUACUUAAAAAGACUAACUCACCUUCAAAAAUGACCUUGCAGGGUCCUUAGAAUUUGCCUUUGUUUAAGUUACCCAGGCCUAAAAGCAAGCAUUACUCAUUUUCUUUUGGCCAAAAUGCACUGCUAUAAAGUAGGAAUUGAAAGUAGAACUCUAAAACCCUUCCAAGCUGCCCACAGACCCCGCUCCCCGACUCAUCAGUCACUUCUGUUCAUCUCUUAAUCUGGUUUUGUUUGAAUAUUUAUCUUGUACCUGCUGCUAAACUCACUGCAGGAGGGACUCUGAAACCUCAAGCUAUCUAUUCACCUUUCUUAUCUGUGUCUGUGUAUCAUUAAAAUGUCUAUUCAAACCUUCCAAAUAUGCAGCUUAUAUUCAGUUUACAUAAAAGACCCAAAUAUCGUGUCAGAUCUCUUUUUACUAAGAGAGUUAAUGAACUAUGAGAAUUGGGAUUACAUCAUGUAUUUUGCUUCAUGUAUUUUUAUCACACUUAUAGGCCAAGUGUGUGAUAAAUAAACUUCCAGACACUGAAUUAAAUUUUCAUGCUUCCUUCAAACCCAAAAAUAAUAAUUGGUCAUUCAUUGUAUCUGUUUUAUUCAAAAGCAUAUUUUUAUUAAAUUAAUUCUGAUUGUUAUUUGAAAUUAUUAUUAUUCAAUUCACUUGUGGCAGAGGAAUAUCAUUCCUAAUGACUUCAAAAAAAUGUAACUAACUGAAUCAUUAUCUUACAUAUACUGUUCAGUAAGCAUAUUUUGAAAAUGUAUGGCUACAGUGUCAUAAUAAAAUGGUAUAUCUUUCUUUAGUAA